AUGAGGAUACCUAAUCUUCUGUGUCGUCAAGGCACAUGUCUUCAAGGACUUGUCGCUCGAAAUUGCCAAGGUCGCAUUCCUCAAACAAGAUUCUUUGCGACGCCCACAUUCAACAGUCCGAAUCCUCGAAUACCGCCGUACCUUAAGUUGGCUAAGAACUAUGAUAAGGUCAAGGAGGUUCUGGGAAAGGGCAGCGCUCUUACCCUGGCCGAGAAGAUCCUCUACAGUCAUCUUAACAAUGUUGAAGAAUCCCUCCUAACGAACACGAACGGCGGGCGUGAUAUUCGGGGCACAGCAAAUCUCAAGCUCAAGCCCGACCGCGUUGCCAUGCAGGAUGCCUCUGCCCAAAUGGCUCUCCUGCAGUUCAUGACAUGUAACCUUCCUUCGACCGCCAUCCCAGCUAGUAUACACUGUGACCACUUGAUUGUGGGUGAGCGAGGCGCAAAGUCAGAUUUGGAAGCAGGCAUACAGAUGAAUCAGGAGGUUUUCGAUUUUCUCGAGUCUGCCUCCAAGAAAUAUGGAAUCGAGUUCUGGCCCCCUGGUGCCGGUAUCAUCCACCAGAGCGUCCUUGAAAACUACGCAGCCCCCGGUUUGAUGAUGCUGGGCACUGAUAGUCACACCCCGAAUGCGGGAGGUCUAUCGACGAUCGCCAUUGGUGUUGGCGGCGCGGACGCUGUCGAGGCCCUUGUCGGUGCACCCUGGGAAUUGAAAGCGCCUCGUAUCCUAGGUGUAGAGCUAAAGGGCGAGCUUAACGGCUGGGCCUCGCCUAAGGAUAUCAUUCUCAACCUCGCCGGUCAGCUGACCGUUCGGGGUGGUACCGGCUUCAUUAUUGAAUACUUUGGACCUGGCGUUGAGACGCUGAGCUGUACGGGCAUGGCCACUUGUACUAACAUGGGUGCUGAGGUUGGCGCCACGACUUCCAUCUUCCCCUUUAACGCCGCGCACGUCCGGUAUCUCCAUGCAACCCAUCGACAAGACGUAGCAGCGGAGGCAAAGAAAUUCUCCGACAUUAUCCAACUCAAGGCUGACGCAGGUGCACGAUACGAUGAUAUCAUCACCAUUGAUCUAUCCAAGUUGGAGCCGCACGUCAAUGGACCCUUCACACCCGACCUUUCUACGCCACUAUCACAAUUCAAGCAAACCGUCGAGGAGCAGAAUUGGCCCGAUAAAUUGUCAGCAGGCCUAAUCGGUAGCUGCACGAAUAGCUCCUACCAAGACAUGACUCGUGUAGAGAGCAUGGUCCGCGAGGCCUUAGAAGCUGGUCUAAAGCCUGUAUCGGAUUUCUAUAUUACCCCGGGAAGCGAUCAGAUCAGAGAAACCCUACGAAGAGAUGGCCCUCUGGACACUUUUAAGGAAGCAGGUGGUACGGUGCUUUCAAACGCUUGCGGACCUUGCAUUGGUCAAUGGAAGCGGCACGACGGCGUUGAAAAGGGCACACCGAAUGCUAUUUUUACCUCGUAUAAUCGUAACUUUCGCGGCCGUAACGAUGGUAACCCCGACACCAUGAACUUCCUCGCAUCGCCCGAAGUUGUCACAGCCAUGGCAUUCGCAGGCACAACCACCUUCAACCCUAUGACCGACUCGCUUCCUACACCCUCAGGUAAAGAAUUCCGGUUUUCACCACCUUCGGGUCUUGAAAUCCCACCCCAGCCCUUCGAAGUUGCGCGCGAGGAAUUUCGCGCACUAAUUCAAUCCCCCGACCCAUCCGUAAGCGUCGCUAUCGCCCCCACAUCCGAGCGUCUUGCGCUUCUUGAACCGUUCGACCCCUUUCCCGCUUCCGAUCUAUCCGGCCUUCACGUCCUGGUCAAGGUUACGGGUAAAUGCACAACGGAUACUAUCUCCGCCGCAGGCCCUUGGCUCAAGUACAAGGGUCACCUGCCCAACAUUAGCGAGAACACGCUAAACACGGCGACCAACGCCGAGACGGGCGAAGUCAACGUCGCGUACGAUCUCGACGGCUCUUCGCACACGAUUCCGGAGCUAGGUAAGCGGUGGCGCGAGGUCGGGCGCCCAUGGCUCGUCGUAGCCGAGCACAACUACGGCGAGGGCAGCGCGCGCGAGCACGCGGCGCUGCAGCCACGAUACCUAGGCGCGCGUAUCGUGCUGACCAAGAGCUUCGCGCGAAUCCACGAGACGAACCUAAAGAAGCAGGGCGUCGUCCCUCUCACCUUCGCGGACGAGGCCGACUACGACCGCAUCGGCGCCGGCGACGAGGUCUCCACCGUCGGCCUCUACGACAUGCUCCGCAACGGCGGCAAGGGCGAGGUCGCCCUCAAGGUCAAGAAGCACAAGACGGGUGAGGAGCUCCUCAUCAAGACGAAGCAUGCCGUCAGCGAGGACCAGGCGGGCUUUAUCAUGGCGGGCAGCGCGCUCAACUUGCUGUCGAAGCAGUCAGCUGUGUGA